AUGCCCCUCGAUGAGUCCUACGGCCCUACUAUGGCAGUCAGGGAAAGCCGGUCGUUAGAUAAGACACCAUUGGCUUACAACUCGGGAGGCGAGUCGUCGAGAGAUAGCAUGAUUUCACAGAGCUCGGAUGCCAAGCAAAUGAACAGAGUUCGUACCAUAAAGGAGGUUGUUACUGGAAUCUACCGUGAGGCUGACGGGACUGUGAUUACGCUGAAGAAAAUCCAGCGACUCGGGUUCGAGGCUGAGCAUAUAAUUAUUCAGCAUUUCGAGGAAGCGUAUGGGAUCACCCCUAGUAGAGUUGAGGUAGUCCAUUCGCGUCGUCACUCGAAGUCUAAUCAUACUGUUGGAGCUCUUCGGUCACCCAACAUCGCGUAUGCUGUAUUCACUGACAAGGCAGCGGUUGAUGCUAUCAUGGGGUAUGCCGCUGCGAGGACCGAGACCAUUAAAGGAAUCGAAGUGUCACUCCAACGCUUCUUCAAGCGCGACAAGCGCGACGGGUCUAAGACGAAGUCUGCAUCACCUGAUGCCGGUGCGCCAGCGGAGAAUGCGUCCUACUCGUAUACUGAUAGCAGUGGAGUCGCCCACGAGCCUAUGCCGACGACCUUCAGUGAGCUGAUGGAGGAUUCAAUGCUCAAGGAGGCUGCUCAGCAGUGUCCCAUGGUCCAAGCCGCUGCUGUUGAUCCUACUUUGGCUAUGGCUGUGAUGGACUGGCUUCAACUGCAUCAAGAUGUUCUCUCUGAGAUCCAUCCCCCAGUUGAUGGCUUCAACUUCUAA